CAUGCUUCUAUCGUUUUCUUUUUCACCUUGCUCCUAGUCUAGUGGUCAGAAAAUGAAAGUGAUGAAGAAGCGGUUGCGCUCGAGGGAGGGACGUGAGCCCGACACUGAACCCAUGAAAAAGCUUAAACGGCGAGUUGUCAAAAAGACAAAGCGGAGCGAACCAAAAGCGACCACGACAAAUGAGGACCAGGAUCAGGAGGCAGAAAUCGUUGAAGAGAGUCCUGAUGAUCAGAGCAGCGAAAAUGCGGAUGAAAGUCCUGCAGCUACCACAGUAGAAGAAGAACUUGCACCAGCACUCGUGGUUGGAGACAACGCAGAACUCAUAAAGGAUCUCGAAAAGCAGUUUUGCGACAAUGACAACCAUCUAGUCACAGCCGACUUUCUCACUCGUGUCCAGCGUUUCACCGAUUUACGCGAGCACAGCUCAACGCCAGUCCCACAGUGGAUCCUCAAUGGCCUUCAGCACUUGAACCUGUUUUAUCCUACUCGCAUCCAGAAGCUGUCCUUACCUUACUGCAUGCAGGGAAGAAAUGUCAUCGGGAAUGCCAAAACGGGUACCGGAAAGACCCUCUGUUACGUGCUUCCGACGUUGUUGCAACUGUCCAUGGAUCCCUUUGGCGUGUUCGGACUGAUUUUAUCCCCAGUGCGUGAGCUGUGUUUCCAGAUCGCAGACGUCUUUGACGCUUUGGGAAAACCGAUUCACUGCAGCACCCUGGUAUUGGUGGGAGGACGAGAUAUGCUGACGCAGGUACAUUGAAGAAAUGUUGUCUAUCCCCUCUGUUGGUUCAUUCAGUGUAGAGAAAUGUUGUCUAUCCCCUCUGUUGGUUCAUUCAGUGUAGAGAAAUGUUGUCUAUCCCCUCUGUUGGUUCAUUCAGUGUAGAGAAAUGUUGUCUAUCCCCUCUGUUGGUUCAUUCAGUGUAGAGAAAUGUUGUCUAUCCCUUCUGUUGGUUCAUUCAGUGUAGCUCUACAAUUUAGGCCCUUAAGGGAGUCUGCACUGAACUUUGUGCGAGAUUAAUUGUAUGUAUGUUGUUGUAAUUUGAAUAUCCCGCUCAGGUCGACCGCCUAACCUCCGCAUGCCCCCAUAUCGUGGUCGCAACGCCUGGUCGUUUGUCUGACUUUUUCGAGUCCCACGCGCUCGUGAAAGACGCUUUUACGCGUGUCCGCGUCUUCGUUGUGGAUGAAGCGGAUCGCGUUUUCAGUGCUGGAUUCGAGAACGAAUUGGGCACGAUUUUGGAAAACAUCCCGUCAAAGGACAAGCGACAAACCAUGCUUUUCUCCGCAACCGUGACAGAAAAUGUCAAGGCGCUUUGGAGACAAAGCACGAGCUCAUCUUCAUCUUCCACAGGGGGGUCAACAUCAGCUUCAUCAUCAGGAAAAAACGUGCAAGAAGACCAUCCCGGACGAUACUUCUUUUUCGAUGCUAUCGCCCAUGAACAAUUGGAAAUCCGGAAGAGUACUGCUGGAGGUGCGUCUUGUACUUCUCUGAUCACACAAGCAGGAGAGCAGCAUGGCUCUAUGGCAACAUCAACAAACAACCCAACCAGUACCUCUCUAGUCGCGACUCCGCAUUUGCUGGAGCAAGCAUAUCUUUUCGUUCCCCCUCAAGCGAAACUGUGCUACCUCUACUACCUGCUCACCGAAGACCCAGACGUCGCGAACGAGAGCACCAUCAUUUUUUGCUCCAGCAUUGAGAUGUGCCAGAGACUCCAGACCACCUUAGAGUACGCCUUGCACAUCAAAAACACCCAAUGCCUGCACUCGUUGCAAUCCCAGCGGUUACGUUUGGUGUCCAUGCUGAAAUUCAAGUCCGCUUGUAGCGCAAGAGAGGUGAUGUCGAAACAAGAUCAUGGUUCUUCUCCGGGAGUUGCUAAGUCUUCUUCUUCGAGUAAAAAUGCUAAAAUAAAAGCAGGUGGAAAGAACAAGAAACUCAAGAAAAAAAGCGGAAACGGUGGAACACUAGAUGCAACAACUUCAGAAGACCAUGCUGGCGAAGACUUAGAAGACGAAGAAGUGCAUAGAGAGCGACAGGUAGUCUUAGUUGCGACUGACGUUGCAGCUCGUGGUUUGGACAUCCCGAGUGUUGGCGUAGUGAUCAACUACGACCUACCGCUAGACCCAGCCGAAUACGUGCAUCGCGUAGGACGAACUGCUCGUGGCGCGAACGCGAGCAAGGGGUUGGCGAUUUCGUUUGUUACGAACCAGAACGACGCAAGGAAACUCCAGGCAGUCGAAGACAGAGUAGGAAUGAAAAUGCCGGAGUAUAGAGGUGAAAGGAAAACUGAAGAGACCACUGUCGUGAAACCUUCAACACCGUCAACUUCACAAGAUAUUGAGACUCUUCAGAAUAAGGAUCUUCAGAAGAAGAGCACUGCCCUAGCGAAAGAGUCCUCAGCUGGUCGCACAUUAGACGCAGACCAGAACCUGCAGGAAGGCAGAAUAAACGAAGUAGAUGAUCAACAAGCUGAGUCCCUUCUACGUGGCAAAGUGCGAGAGUCAGUGGUGAUCAAGCAGUUGUGCGAUGCAGAAACCGGAGUCAACCUACAACUAGGCACUUCUGCGAAACGACGUACGCCAUUAGACGAAGACGUUGUGCUGAAAAAGCUGAAUAAGGUAACGAGAGCGUGGCAAAAGUCCAGCUUGUUACUCUACGAAGUGGGUUUCAACGAGAAAAUCGCAGAGCACAAGGACCGAAAACAAAAGGGUAGAGGAACGUAGACGUGGUAAAGUGCUUAGAUUAUGACAUGGACUUGCUGGUGGAUCCUGUCCUCAUCUGAAGAUGGCUCUUUACAAAUUCUGUUUUCCUUAUUGUGUGUGACAAUGCUGCAAAGAAGAAGAACUAUCGACAGUCGAAGAAGCUACCAAC